GAAUAUCGCUGAGUAUUUGGCAAAAUUAGCCAACAAAAUAACAGAGUCAUUGAUGAAACGGCACAUCUGACGUUUUUCUCGACAUUUUCAGGGGUAAACGAGUGUCAAAAAGAUGGCUGACACAGAGCAAACAAGUGCCCCUCCCCCUCAAUUAGGGCCAGUGCAAUUCAUGUUGGCUAACAAACUAGAGACGGCAAUGUGGCUCUCACGGCUCUUCACCAUCUAUUGCUCAGUAAUGUUCAUUCUACCACUCUUAGGACCCCAGGCGGCUGCCAAUUUCUACCAGCGUGCGCUGCUGGCCAACGCCCUCACCAGUGCUCUGCGACUACACCAGAGGCUCCCCCACUUCCAGCUCAGCAGGGCCUUUCUAGCCCAGGCACUCCAAGAGGACAGUUGUCACUACCUGCUGUACUCCCUCAUCCUGGUCAACUCUAACCCCAUCACAAUGAGCAUAUUCCCAGUCUUCCUCUUCUCGUUGCUUCAUGCAACUGCCUACACAAAGAAGGUUCUUGAUGCAAUGGGCCCCAAUAGCCUGCUCUUUGUGAGGAACUUUCUCAACAAGCUCACAGCCAACCAGCAGAACAUCCUGAAGUUCAUCGCCUGCAACGAGAUCUUCCUCAUGCCAGCCACCGUAUUCAUGCUAUUCAGUGGCCAGGGAAGCUUGCUGCAGCCUUUCAUUUACUACAGGUUUCUAACUCUCCGCUACACCUCAAGGAGAAACCCAUAUUGCCGCACCCUAUUCUCAGAGCUGCGGAUUCUGCUGGAGCAUUUCAUCAUGAAGCCCGCCUGCCCAGCCUUCUUCAGAAAGAUGUGCCUCAACAGUAUCGCCUUUAUGAGUCGCCUGGCCCCCACCGGAGUGUGACCUCACUUCCUGUCCCCCCCACAACCACAGUUUGUACUGUAAGGGGUGUGGCGACAUGUCAACUCGAAAGGGACCGACGAGCAACAACAGAG